AUAAAAAAGGUGCAUGCGGUACACGGAGAAAUUUGGCGAUGUGCUCACCUGAUCAGGGCCGUCUCCAGAGUGUGGGCAGCCGGUGUGACAGCCGGAGGCUCAUGGCGCUACAGAGCCUAUAAAUAUAAAUAUAGAUGUAAUAUAUAAAAUAUUACAAGCCAAGAAGGUCUCUCCCUUGGAGCGCCUCUCCUGCUGGUCGCGAACGCCGGUGGCCACUCCGGCCCCGCCGUCCACCGUCGCCCACCGGGGGGCCUUUCAAGCCCCGGCGCGCCUUCUGCUCCCCCCAUGGAGCGUGGCUCCCCCUUCAGCCGUUCUCGGGCCGUCGAGGUUGAGGACGGACACUCCCUCGGUCGCCUGCCUCCUCUCGCCGCGGCGGCUCACGCCUCGCACGUGCUCCGCUCCAGCCAGCUCGACCCCGGAGCUCUGCCCUUCGACGUCUCGCCUGGAGCGGAGCGUCUGCGCUUCUCCGACUCCGAGGCCUCCUUUGCUGGAGAUGACUCUGACGCGUCCCUGUCGCCCGUGCGCCCGAGGGGUCAGCGUCGCCGCCGUCGGCGCCGCCCGCGUCGGGGGAGCAGGACCGUGGCUGCGGCCAUAGAUCCGGCGUCAGUUGAGCCGCCCGCGCGGCUUGCCUCCGUCGUCGUCCACCCGGCGCGCCUGUCCGCCGAGCCCGAUGCAGAUGGCUUUCGGACGGUGGAGAGCCGCAAGCGCUGGCGGCGAUGCGCGGCUCAGCGGCGGCCGGUCCCCGCGAAUCUGGUCGCAGGAUAGCCCUUCUAGGUGAUCUCCGACCGGCGUUUGACUGCUUGGUGUUGCUUGUCGCUUGGAUCCUAUGGAAGGAAAGGAAUGCAAGGACGUUCAACCAGGAAGCCUGUAAUGUCCAGGAACUACUCUCAAAGCUCCUGUGUGAGGCACAAGACUGGGUCGCGGCUGGCUUCGUCUCACUCUCUGUCUUGCCUCAACUGUCGCUUUUAAAUAAUGCUUUGUAAUCUCUGCUUGUUGUUCCUCAGUAGCUAGGUUCCUUCUGGUUUCAAGCUGGCUACUCACCGGCUUCCUUUGUCAACUCUCUGUAAACGUUUUCCCUCUUAAUGAAAUACGGGUGAAUGGCCCGAUCACAAAAAAA